UAUCACACUACUUCUAUACUUCCAACUAAGAUUUAUGACAGUAAAUUUAUGACAAUAAAUUCCUGCAUCACAGAACUGCUGAAAAACAACUAAAAGACAAUUUUAUAAACCUACAGUAUCAUGGUAUUACUCAAUAAAACUGAAGAGCACAAUUAUUAAAUUAUUAGACUUGCUAAUACAAGCACACAUGUGCAGUAGCUACUGUAUCCUAACAGCUACCAAACCUCAAAUUUAGAUGUUUUUUCUUUGUGGGAAAGGUCAUUAUAUUUACAAGAAACCACUGAGUAUUUUCAUCAAGUAUAUUUUCAGCUGAGCGUAAUUUAGGAGAAUUUACUUGAAACAAGUUCUAGAAAAUUCCAACUCCCAUCACCGAGUGGAUUUGAUAUUAUGGCAGCAACUUACAGACUUGUGGUCAGUACUGUGAACCACUACAGCAGUGUGGUGAUAGACCGACGUUUUGAGCAAGCUAUACAUUAUUGCACUGGAACCUGCCACACCUUUACACAUGGAGUUGACUGCAUUGUGGUACAUCAUAGUGUUUGUGCAGACCUCUUGCACAUCCCUGUGUCUCAGUUCAAAGAUGCGGAUCUGAACUCCGUGUUUCUACCCCAUGAAAAUGGGUUUUCCUCAGCUGAGGGUGACUAUCACCAGCAGGCCCUAACAGGCCUACCGAGGGGCAAGAAAGGAUCUACGUUUCAGAACACCUGUAACUUCAAAGACAUUGCAGGGGAAGCAAUCAGUUUUGCCAGCGGGAAAAUAAAAGAAUUUUCCUUUGAAAAGCUCAAAAACUCUAACCACGCAGCUUACAAAAAGGGAAGAAAAGUUAAGUCUGACUCAUUCAAUAGGAGGUCAGUUGAUAUUGACUUGCUCUGUGGCAAUUAUAACAAUGAUGGGAACUCCCCGUCCUUUGGUUUACUCCGGAGUUCCUCAGUUGAGGAAAAAUCUGUGUCCCAUAGAAACUCGCUUGAUGCAAACCUGACAUCAGUGCUUCUUCACAACUUCUCUGAAGAAGAUCUGGUUACUCAGAUUUUGGAAAAACAUAAAAUAGAUAAUUUUUCUUCUGGAACAGAUAUAAAGAUGUGCUUGGACAUCUUGCUGAAAUGCUCUGAGGAUUUGAAAAAAUGCACAGAUAUCAUAAAACAAUGCAUAAAGAAAAAGUCAGGGAGUAACAUCAAUGAAGGCAAUGGCAAUGAUGCAGUUUCUAGCUCUGAAACUGUCUAUAUGAAUGUAAUGACCAGGUUAGCAUCCUAUCUGAAAAAGCUACCGUUCGAAUUCAUGCAGCCUGGGAAUAAUGAUGCUAUAGAUUUAACAGAACUGGUUAGUAAUAUGCCCAGUUUACAACUGACUCCCUUUUCUCCAGUAUUUGGCACUGAGCAGCCCCCUAAAUAUGAAGAUGUUGUCCAGCUCUCAGUCCCUGACUCUGGACAGUUUCAAACUAUAGAACUGCAAGAUGACAAACACAGUUCUAGGAAAACAGAUGCUGUAAAUUCCAUUCCAAACAACUCUACAACUCCCUUAUAUAACUCUGAAAUAAAUGAUCCGAGAACCCUAAAAGAUACCCAGCUUCAAUCACAGUCGUUAACCAUGAACCCUUUAGAAAAUGUUUCUUCUAAUGACCUAAUGGAAACCCUUUAUAUUGAAGAAGAGUCCGAUGGAAAGAAAGCAUCAGAUAAAGGACAAAGGGCAGAGAAUGGACCUGGUCAGUUGUUAAAUGAAGAUGGAGCAGAAUUUUCAGGUCAUGUUACUCAUCUUAAAAAAUCUUCUGCCUCUGUGCAAAAUGAAAGUGGUAAGAUAUUUGAGAAACCAGUUGUUAACCUAUCUGAUGAAGAUUUUAAAUCAAAAGUUCCUAAAGUUGAAGACAGAGGCCACAGAGAUUUUAUGAAUCCUAACAGCCAGGAGGAGAUAGAUAAAUUGUUAAUGGAUUUGGAAUCAUUUUCACAGAAAAUGGAGAGCUCUCUAAGAGAGCCACUUGUGAAAGGUAAAAGCUCUAACUCUCUAAGUAAUCCUUCUCCAUUAACUGGUCAGCUUCCUAUAGAUCUUGAAUCUAAAUCUAAAGUCUCUUCACCCACUGAAAAAGUCUCGCCUUCCUGUCUAACAAGGAUUAUUGAAACCAAUGGACACAAAAUCGAGGAAGAGGAUCGAGUCCUCUUACUACGAAUUCUAGAAAGCAUUGAAGACUUUGCUCAAGAACUAGUUGAAUGCAAAUCAGGUAGAGGCAGCCUGUCACAAGAAAAGGAAAUGAUGCAGAUUCUACAGGAAACCUUGACCACUUCCUCCCAGGCCAAUUUAUCAGUCUGUAGAAGUCCUGUUGAUGAUAAAGCCAAAGAGGGUACUUCAGUGGUUUUGAUUCAGCAGACCCCAGAGGUGAUCAAGAUUCAAAAUAAACAAGAAAAGAAACCUGGAACACCACUUCCACCUGCAGCCACCUUUCCAAGUAGUCCCCGACCUCUCUCCCCUGUUCCUCAUGUGAAUAAUGUUGUGAAUGCACCAUUGUCCAUAAACAUUCCACGGUUCUACUUUCCUGAAGGACUCCCAGAUGCCUGCAGUAACCAUGAACAGACUCUAAGCAAAAUUGAAACUGCUUUCAUGGAUAUUGAAGAUCAGAAAGCAGACAUCUAUGAAAUGGGAAAAAUUGCAAAGCUCUGUGGCUGUCCUCUUUACUGGAAAGCACCCAUGUUCCGGGCUGCAGGGGGAGAGAGGACAGGAUUUGUGUCCGCACAGUCAUUCAUUGCCAUGUGGAGAAAGUUGCUGAAUAACCAUCAUGAUGAUGCCUCUAAGUUUAUCUGUCUCCUGGCAAAGCCCAGCUGCAACUCUCUAGAACAGGAGGAUUUUAUUCCUUUACUUCAGGAUGUGGUGGAUACACACCCUGGCCUCACGUUCCUGAAAGAUGCCCCAGAAUUCCACUCUCGCUACAUCACCACGGUUAUUCAGAGAAUAUUCUACACAGUCAACAGAUCUUGGAGUGGAAAAAUAACUUCGACAGAGAUAAGAAAAAGCAACUUUUUGCAAACUCUAGCCCUUUUGGAAGAAGAGGAAGAUAUAAACCAAAUCACAGAUUACUUCUCCUAUGAACAUUUCUAUGUUAUUUAUUGUAAAUUCUGGGAGCUAGAUAGUGAUCAUGACCUCUACAUCAGCCAAGACGAUUUAUCUCGAUACAAUGACCAGGCUUCGUCAAACAGAAUUGUUGAAAGGAUAUUCUCUGGGGCGGUAACAAGGGGAAAAACAGUACAGAAAGAGGGAAGAAUGAGCUAUGCAGAUUUUGUUUGGUUUUUGAUCUCUGAGGAAGACAAAAGGAAUCCAACCAGCAUUGAGUAUUGGUUCCGCUGCAUGGAUAUGGAUGGAGAUGGAGUCCUCUCCAUGUACGAGCUAGAGUACUUCUAUGAGGAGCAAUGUGAGCGGAUGGAGGCCAUGGGCAUUGAGCCCUUGCCAUUCCAUGACUUGCUGUGCCAGAUGCUUGACCUGGUGAAGCCGGCCAGCGAUGGCAAAAUAACACUACGAGAUCUGAAGAGAUGCAGAAUGGCACACAUUUUUUAUGAUACUUUCUUUAAUCUGGAGAAAUAUUUGGACCAUGAACAGAGAGAUCCCUUUGCGGUCCAGAAGGAUGUUGAGAAUGAGGGGCCUGAGCCCUCUGACUGGGACAGGUUUGCAGCUGAGGAGUAUGAGACUCUGGUUGCGGAGGAAUCUGCCCAAGCACAGUUCCAGGAAGGCUCCUUUGAAGAUUAUGAAACAGAAGAACCUGCCUCUCCCUCUGAAAUUGGAAACAAAGGCAAUAAAAGUAAAAUAGUAACCUCAAGCCUUUCAGAGAAAUGUGGAAAGCUUCAGUCAGUGGAUGAAGAAUAGCUGCCAAGGUCUACAUGAAAGAGAGAUGUAUUUUAAAUCUUUUUCUUGUGGAGAUGCUCUAGUUUGCAUACUGCUUAAAGGCUUUGAUUUCUGCAAGUGUGUAUCUGCACUAGGAACUUUAAAACAUUUUUAAGCAAUAGAUCUGGAUACACAUACUCAAUUUGGGGGACUCCUCCAAUUUGCCUCAAACCUCUUACAGACCUUUUUCUCCAAACAAAUACAAUAAUAUACAUCACCUUCCAAAGUCUGUGAAUCCGCACUCUUCACCCCUGAAUGUACCAGCGAUCUCUUUGGGACAGUGCCAAGCACAAUUCUCCCUCAGGACUCCCAUGGAGCCCAGAAGAAACCUUCACUUGCAGAAAACUUGAGUCAAAAAAAUUCUGAAACUUGAGAAAGCAGUUAAAGGGCCUUCAGAAGUGAUUUAGCCCUGGUAAUAAAAGCACUGCCAGAACAUCUCAGACUUUUUAAUGUGUGUACUGGAGUUCAAAGAUCUUGAACCUACUUGGUUUAAUCUAACUUCACAAUGACCUGCCAAACUGCGAGUCACUUUACAUCCUCAGGUGUUAUAACCACUGGGCCUCCCAACCUUGCUGGCAAGCUCUGCAGAAUCUCUCCCAUCCUGACUGUGGAUCUUAUAUAAAAUAGGAUGAAAAAAACUUAUAAGUACAGCAUUUGACUCAUACUUGAAAAAUUUUCCUUUUAACUUAUCUAACAUUUGUGGAGAAUUACUGAAUGAUUUAUUAAUCUUCAAAUUAGUUGAUGUCCCCCAUCUACACUUCCUAUCAGAAGGCCUACCUGAAGACUUAGUGAUACAUGAAAAUUUUUACUAGAUGCAUUCAUCACUGAGUAUUACACUCAGCCAACAGUAAAGGCCUCAAUCUAAACAUUACCCAUUCAUGUUGAAAAGAAACUAUUUCAGAUAUUCCAUCAGCUCAAUAUAUAACACAAAAAUGGAAGAAAACUGUGAUGCCACCCAUUAAAGGAAACCGGUUUCAUCUUUACCAUAGAUGUGUUCAUUACAGAAUUAUUUUUUCAGCAAGUCACAAUGCAGCCAAAUCCUGCACUAUCCUUAAGAACUAAAAAUACUUCUUAAAAAGGAUGGAAAUUUCUAAUAGUAUAAGUAAAAGAAACCACCAAAAACUUUUUAACAACGAUCUGUCAAAGUCAUCACCUUUUCCCCUGGGUUUUUUGCUUUAACCACAUGUCCUGAAUGUCCGAAUAGCUACUCUUGCCACCCUGCUUGGUUCCCCCUUACUAGUGUGAAAGUCAAACAACAAAAUAAUCAAACCUUGGGCGAUGGUGGGCAAAAAGUGGACAUAAGGGCAAUUUAAAUGCACCAUCAACUGAUACAAAUAGUUAUUGUACUGAUACAGUUUGCUGUUAUUUUACCUUUUAUGAUCAGAACUAAUCUUCCAUUUAACUGUUAGAGAAAGUGAAAAAUAUUAAAAUUUGGCAUCUAAUAGUUCACAAAGAACUAAAAGCUUAAAAAUGACUAAAUUUUUAGGAAAAACUAUAUGCAAUAACCUAAAUACACUAGUAAAUUAAAAGGUAUUUGUAUUUGUGAUACAUGAAUUUUACCAUCUAUACCAUCCACCCUUUACCAGGGAGAGAAAGCAAUUUUUAUUUCACAUAAAAUAUUAAAAAGGUAGUAUCUUUUAAAGCCAGAUAUGGUUUAAAGGUUUUAUUAUCCAUAAUGAUCUAAACGAUUUCUAAGCCUCAACAAAAAGUAAAAAAAUUUCAAUAUACAUUUUUUUUUAAACAUACUAUUUGGCUUUUACCUUUUUACCUGUGUCUCCUUACUGAAAUCCUUUUGCCUUUACUUUCGUCUAUAUUUGGUUUCAAGUCUGUAACUAUUAUGAAAAGUAACAGCUACUCCAUUUAAGAUAAAGCUAUUUUAAUUUAAGCUACUCAAAGAUUCAUAUUUUCAGAAAGAAGCUUUUUAUUGUACUCCUUUCUUAAGAGUUGAAUGCAAGGAAUGUGAAUUCUGAGGAACUAGGAGAGUAUAUAUAUGUAUAUGACUUUCUGGUAAAGAGAUCUCACUGAAUAUAAUCAUUAACUGCCCAACUGGAAAUUUCAAGUUUUUUACAAUAUCCCUGGCCCCCUGAUAAAAAUGGAAGGUUAUCAUGGCCUUAAUGUAGUCAAUGAAAAAUUCACUUCAUAACAAAACACUAAUUUCUAAGGUAAUCAAACUAAUGAAAUUCUGUGUAUUUUCUCUGCAUCUUAUCUAUGUCACCAUGGCAAAGUGUUUAUAAAAUUCUAGAAUUAAAUGAGGUGUAAGGUAUUUGGUCAAUUUUUGGAAAUGUUAAAGUGUGUUUGGGUGGAGAAACCUGCAUGAUUUAACUUGUUUUUGUUUUUCCCUUUUUGCAAAACUAAAUAAAGUUGUCAAAUAUGAACCAUGUUCACUAA